CACCGAAGGUCCCUCAACUUGUCAUCGGGAUAAAAAACAUCUUCGAACCACAAAAUCAGAUAUACGGGGUCCCUUAAUUAUACAAAAUCGGUCACCGGAGCUCCUUCGGUGGUUUUGAACCCGGUUUUAUCCGACGUGGCGGCUGAGUCGGCGCGGGACCCACGUGGGCCCCACGUGUCAGCUGGCCACGUCAUCAAACUCCUCUCUCUUUUCCCCUCUUCUCUCUCUUCCUCAUCUCUCUCUCCCUUCUGGCUGUGCUGCGACGCCGCCGCAGGUCGGGGAGCACGAGCGUCCGGUGCGCCCACCCGAGAUGUGCUGCGACGCCGCCGCCGCCGACAGCAUGGAAUGGAACGCUGUGUAUGCGGCCUGCACGAAGUCGCUGUAGCGGAGGACCUCGCGGCGGAGGUUCUGGUCGAGCGGGUCGAGUAGCCCGUCCCAGCCGCCACUCGUCGGCGAUGGAGCCCGAGCGUGAGGAGGCACUGCAGGUGUGCGAGGCUGCGCGGGGACAUCUCGUCGACAGCCGGCUUGCGGACGAACGGCGGUGGUCGGCGGCGGUGUCCUCGCCGUCUUCUUCCCCUCCUGACAAGAGAAGGAUUUGGCUCCGCGGACACCGAAAGAUCAUCGGCGACUACCUCAUUGAGGCACGGGCUGCUUUCGCUGCCGCCGCGCCGCUCAAUGGGGAAUGUGGCGACCACUCAGCGGCCACGACGGCGCUUGGACUAGUGGAAGCAGUGCUAGAGUUGUCGCCGCGCAUGGAGGCCGCUCUCGAGCUCCGGGCGUGCUCUCUCCUCGCGUUCCGCCGCUACCGCGGCGUCGCUGACAUGCUCCGCGACUACAUCCCCAGCUGCACCAAGCCUACAUGCUUCCUCUGCUGCUUCGACAUAUCCAACCUCAAGCACCGCGUCCUCGCCGACGGGGAGGCGGCGGCGCACCGCAGGCGGUGGGCGCAAGCUGCGGGGGGAGGAGCUAUGCGUGGACGGCGACCGCCGGGGAGCCCGUAUGCCGCUCCCCCCACCGCCGCCGCCAUCACCGCCGAUGCCCGCCGCCGAGGCACUGCCGGCGGCAGAGAAGGGAGAGAGAUGAGGAAGAGAGAGAAGAGGGGGAAAAGAGAGAGGAGUUUGAUGACGUGGCCAGCUGACAUGUGGGGCCCACGCGGGUCCCACACUGAUUUAGCCGCUACGUCAGAUAAAACUGGGUUUAAGACCGCCGAAUGACCUCUGGUGACCGGUUUUAUAUAAUUAAGGGACUCCGUAUAUCUGGUUUUGUGGUUUGA